AUGACGAUGAUGUACGGUUGGGAUCAAGCAGCGGCCCAUGGUGGAGUUACUCUUAAGGUCUUGCACUUUCAAGGCUACGACGUCGUGGUCAGGCUCUGGUCGCCUCAAUCCGACGGCCACGUAGAUUUGCCCGAAGACGACGUUCUCUCCGGUUUCAGGACACGUCGCUGCGACGACACUAAUCAAGAUAAAGAAAAAGUUUGUUGCAUAUGUCUCGAUGAUCUGUACCGGGUAUCGGUGACUAGUUUGGAUUGCCGACACGAGUUUCAUCCCGACUGCAUACGGCGGUGGCUCGUCUGCGGCGAGAACUUCUGCCCUCUCUGCAAAGCUCAGGCGAUCAAGUGA